AUGGUCGAGGCUCCACCGAUUGAAAAUGUGGAGAAGCUUGACGCCGUGCUGAAAAAUGCUUCUAAGGAAAUACUCGCCAAUCUAGCAAUGACAAGUUACAUCGAAUCUUGGAUGCCAUGGCUGGAUAAACGAUUUAAAACUCUCGCAGCUAGAGCUGUAGAGGUGAGAUUUGGCCAAUUUUGAUA